GGCGCCGAGCAGUAGGUGACAGCAUGGCUUCCCGGGACCUGCCGCCAGCCACCUCCUACGCCCCGCCCGACGUGCCCUCGGGGGUCGCGCUGUUCCUCACCAUCCCCUUCGCCUUCCUCCUGCCCGAGCUGAUAUUUGGUAUCUGGGUCUGGAUCCUGGUAGCUGUCACCCAAGUGGCAUACCCGUUGCUUCAAGGAUGGGUGUUAUAUGUCUCGCUCACCUCAUUUCUCAUCUCUCUGAUGCUCCUAUUGUCUUACCUGCUUGGAUUUUACAAAAAAUUUGAGUCCUGGAGAAUCCUGGACAGCCUGUAUCAUGGGAUUACCAGCAUCCUGUACAUGAGUGCCGCUGUCCUGCAAGUAUACGCCACAAUCAUUUCUGAGAAGGACAGCCUGAAAAACUACUACGUCAACACUGCGGCCUCGUUCUUUGCCUUCAUCACCACCCUGCUAUACAUCCUCCACGCCUUCAGCAUCUUUUACCACUGAGGCACUGGGAGCCAUGC